AUCGAUAUACUACUUCUUGGAGACAUUCAUAUGCUACUUCUGCAGACGGUCAACAUAUUUCCCACCAAAUCGACAUGCUUCACCCAGCGAAGGUGGCCAUCAGUUGCCUGUAGAUACUCAGGUUGUUUCAAAUGCAAAAACUAGUACUCCCCUGGAGAAACAACUGAAGAAUGAAGCAGUUGACAUUGUCUGUACCACAUCCACAUCAACAGGUUUUGAAGUUACCAGUAACCAGUCAAGUAGCAGCCAGCUGUCCUUUGUGCCAAAUCCAAUUCAAGGAAAUGAAAGCCAGACAGUAAUUGAUGGUGGUGUCGUAACCAGCAUUGAAGGAAGUCCAGCAUCCUCAAACGCUCUGGAGAGGAAUAUUGCACAUUCCAGAAAUACUGCUGUGUCUGGAUUAAACAACCCAGAGAAAAACCCAGAGAUAAAACCUGCUCAUUGUUCUCACAUAGGGGAAACAUCAGAGGAUAAAGACAUCAAGACUCACGGUGCUGAGGGUGCUCUGCCUCCUGAGGAUGUCGGGGAUUCUGAUGAUAUAGAAGAAGAUCAGUUGGAAUCUUCAAAGAACAAAUACAAAGAGAGCAAGGCAACAGCCUCAAAAUUAACAGAGUCUGGAUAUGACUCUUCAACUGAUCAUGAUCAAGAAGAGUUGUCAUCAACAGAUGAAUCCAACAGGUCAGGAAAAGACUCCGGGGGGACGAGUCUAGACAACACUAGUCUAGUGAAUGAUUCAGGCAAUGCACCAUUAAACUCUCAAAAAACUGAGAGCAUACUGAGCAUUGAUGCGGUAAAAGUGAAUUCAAAGACUCCUCUGAACACAAUACCGAAGGAUAGCUUGAACAAUGAGAGUAAGGUCCUGGAACAUACUGUAUCAUACAGAGGUAGGGCUACUGCCAGAGGUGUAAUGGCAGGCAAUCCUGAGAUUGAGAGCAUGCCCAGCAUUGAUGCGGUUAAAGUGAAUUCAAAGACUCCUCUGAACACGAUAUCGAAGGAUAGCUUGAACAAUGAGAGUAAGGUCCUGGAACACACUACUGCCAGAGGCAAUCCUGCCCCGAAAAACUUUGAUGGUAGUCAUCCUGUUGAUUCACUGGAUCCUUCUAACCUAAACAAUGAAAAACGUUUAGGCAGCCCUCAGGACGGACACCAUUUGCUAACAGCAUCCUCAAACACUGUGGAAGAGGGUAUCACACAAGAGACUUGUCUGAAGGUUGAUGAAUCUAAAAAUACUGGAUUAAACAACCCAGAGAAAAGUUCAGAGUCCAAACCAAAUCACCAGCGUGGAGAAACUGAGCAUCACUCAGGGGAACCAUCAGAGAAUCAAGAAGUAACAGGUCAUGUUGCUGAAGCUGCUGGUCCUAAAGAGGAUGUCACAGGUAAUGUUGUAGAAUCUUCAAAGAACAAAUACAAAGAGAGCAAGGCAACAGCCUCAAAAUUAACAGAUUCUGGAUAUGGCUCUACGACUGGUCAAGAAGACUUGUCAUCAACAGAUGAAUCCGACAGGUCAGGAAAAGAUUCCAGGGAGUCGAGUCUUGACACCACUGGUCUAGUGAAUGAUUCGGGCAAUGCAGCUUUGGGAAACCUAGACUAUCAAAAGACUGAGAGCAAGGAUAGCUUGGUCAAUGACAGUGAGGUCAUGGAGCAUACUUUAACAUACAGCGGUAGGCCUACUGCUGGUGGUGUAAUGGCCGGCAAUCCUGAGGUUGAGAGCAUGCCCAGCAUUGAUGCGGUUAAAGUGAAUUCAAAAUCUCCUCUUAACACAAUAUCGAAGGAUAGCUUGAACAAUGAGAGUAAGGUCCUGGAACACACUGUAUCAUACAGAGGUAGGGCUACUGCCAGAGGUGUAAUGGCAGGCAAUCCUGCCCCAAAAAACUUUGAUGGUAGUCAUCCUGUUGAUUCACCGGAUCCUUCUAACCUGAACAAUGAAAAACCUUUUGGCAGCCCUCAGGACCUAUACCAUUUGCUAGCAGGUGCUGACGGUAGUAAAAUGCCUGUUUUAACUGUUGUCCACCACCAUCACUAUGAGAAACCAGAGAGACAACAGCCACCACGGCAGACUAAAAAGGUCCAACCCACCAUUAAUGUCUAUGGUGCUAAUAGUGUAGUGAUUGGGAAACACUCUCAAGCCAUCAUGGCCGAUUCAACAAUGAUUUCUAAAUCACACCAGCCUAAGAUGGGUACACCAACACCACAGGAAACAAACGAAGAUGACAUGACGGCAGAUAGUGAAGCGAAUUCUACCAGUACUACCCCUACAACUAGUACUGGGUCAUUUAAUGAUUUAUCCUCUCCCAAACUUAGUAAUUUCAACUUCAACCAGGAAUGGAAAACUGGACAUCCUUGUGAUCAAUGGAAGAAAUCAACACAACAAACUGGGAAAAGAAAGGUUACUGAUGAUGGAAGUAGUGAUGAAGACAGCUCUUUGAAAGACAUCUCCUCAGUCUCCACACAUACAGAUACAGGUGGUGGCCCAGAAAACUGCUUUGAUAUAAGUAAGGAAACAAACUUGGAAGGUACAGAGGAUGUUGACCAGAAAGACAGAUAUAUCCAAAUCACAAAUGAAAGUACUGGUGACUUACCAAGCUCCAUAGACGACCAAUCAUGGCAGUCGGAAACCGAGCUAAUGCUAGGUCCUUCACUCAGUAAUGAUUUGGAGAGUCUAUUAGGAAAUGAGGGAGUACAAUCUCAUCAAGAGGAUUCAUUUAACUCUGGAGAUUUUACCUCUAGAAAACUGGCUGUAAACAGCGAAAAUAUGGUCCAGACUGAAACAACUACACUUACAGAUGAAUACCGAGAUGUAGACCGGCAGUGUGGAGCUGAUGGACAUUGGGAAAUUAUUUCACUACAGGAAACCUCUUUGUUUACUUCUAGGUAUAUUAAUAAAGCUAAUUGUUUUCUGAGGACUAAUGCUGUUAACAUGAUGGCCCAGUAUGCUAAAUUUCACAAAGAACAACAAGAACUGGACAACCAGGAGGAUGACGUCGACUAAAUCUUUAUAGACUUAAUUUCACGGAACGCAGCUAUACUUUAGUCAGUCAAUGUCAUUAAGUGUGAGGGCAGUGUCUUGUUGCAUCUUAUCAAUUACUGAACAUACAUUGUCACUUUAUCAAUUACUGAACAUACAUUGUCACGUUAUCAAUAAGUGCAACAAAUGAGACUGGUAAUUAAAUUGGAAAGAUUCACAUCUACACUCUAAGUUAAAUUCUGAUUAGAGAAUGUAUCCUUACUCUGACUCCGUGUUUCUGUACAGAAUGGUUGCAGAUUAAUGUUUUCCUGGUGUUUGGUUUUCCUUCAGUAAAAAACAAAACAUGUCUUGAUUACACAUAAAGUAUCUUAAAGUAUGAUCUAUAAGUAUCUAUAUUACUCAUUGUAAUCAUGGUAACCCAAUUUAUAAUAUUUUUUGUAAAGGUUUCAUGGAUUUAAACAAUGCUCCUUUAGCACAAUACACAAUGAGAUAUGUUUUAGAGGUUGAUAGAUUGACCAAGCUGUGCCACACUUUACCAACACUCGACUAUUGUGGCCUUGAUAACAUUUACAUUUUUUUCAAACGUUGGGU